GGGAGCGGCAGCGGCGGUUCCUUCUUCUCCUCCUCCACCUCCACUACCUCCUCCUCUUGGGGCUGCGGGCCCGGCUCGGUGUCAUCCCCGUUGUGCUGGGGGGAGACUAGAACCCCUCCUUUGCGGGGCCUGUGUCGGCUUCAGAUAGGACAAAACUGCUAGAAAACACCAGCACUUUGGACUGAGUUCUGUGGAAGAGCUGAAUGCGGUUAAGGAACGUGAGAGUAUAUGCAGGGAAUCUCAGUGGGGUAGCCUGAAGAUCAAACAAGCAAUAGUUACUGCUCCUAGAAACGUGAGCAUUUCACCUUUAUUGGAAGAUUUAACACCAGAUCAAUUAUGUCAGUUUAGAACAUUAUCCUCUCCAGAGGUCAAAGAGCCCACAUAAGCCUGCCAUGAAUAUAAAUAAAAAUAUUCCUAAUUAAUUCAUUGGGCGUUCUGAUGUUCACAGAAAGUAAGGGUAUCUUCUGAAGUAAGAGACAUGAAAAAACAGACUCCUGAUGUCAGGGUGAUGACGCAAAGAAGUAAAUCUGUGGAAGAAGACAAUGCUGACAAAAAGCAAAGAAGUUGCUCUAAAAAAGUUGACAGAGGAAAUGCCGCUUGUAGUCAUGAAAGUACAGUUCUAAAACUGCCAGUAAUAGCACCAUUUGCAGGUACCACUAAAAAAGUCAUAAUGGUCAAGCACCCACCACCACCUAGGAUGCCAAGUUACUGCAGGUCUAAUUUUCAUGUUAAUAACUCCCUUAUCUCAUUAGAAAAGACAAAAGCUGUUAGUAAAAUAAAGGACAAAGUGCAUAUGCUACAGAUGGAUCCCCAGAAUUUAAAAAUAGAUAAAAGUGAAGAAAUAGAUACUGUGUUUAAUGAUAGUGAUGAAUUUAGCUCUACAGAUUCUGAUACAAGUAAAACCAUUUCAAGAAAGGGAAAAAUAACCAGGGAGGGCUGUGAGAAGGGAAGAAGAGUGAUUUCAAAAGCAAAACAACACGAUUUAGAUGUUGAAUCGGGAAGAGUACUGAGAAAAGGAAGCAAGCAGCCAAGUGUGAGGUCUGCUCAAGAACAGUUGGAAGAGGUAAGAGAUGUGACUAGACCAGACACUUCAAAAAUAUACGAGAAGAACUUCCAGCAGAGCAAACCUGAAGAGCCUACUUCCACACCAGCACUGCCUGUGAAAGUGGUUGCAAGGUCUAUUGAUGAAAUAAUUGCUUCCCUGCAGUCUACUUCUCCAUCUCCCUCAGACCAGAUGAUCAAAGAACUCCUGGAGAGUGUUCUUGGCCAGAACUACAACAUAAAAAUGGAAAAGACACCAGUAGUUCAGAAAGAAUCUCAAGCAGCAAGAAAUGAAUCUCGGCCUGAAGCUGAGCUGUUAACAUAUAAGAGGCCGGUGAAGCAGGCUCCAUCCUUGGAUGUGCUACAGGUGGACGGAAAAGCAAUAUUAAAAAUUAAACCAGGUGAAGUUCAGAAACAGCUGCAAGAGGAACACGACUUGCAACAAUCUUUGCCACCUCAGGCUUCAAAUAUGAAAGGUAGACAUUAUCCAGACAUUCAUCGUCUACAUACUGCUUUUCCUAGUUUUAUAUUGUCUCCUUAUUUACAACUGGCUUCUAGAGUUCAUCAUACUUUAGACAUAAGAGGUCACAAUAUCUUAUCUACAUCAGAGGACACCAACAAUAAGGAGGAAGAACCCUUGAGUUCCAAAUAUAUUUAUUUAAGAGAGGCAGCUGAAAAGAAAAGUUUAUAUAGUAACGUCAAAAAAAUUCACAAUUGGACCCUUAAUAAGCUAAAGUUUUUCCUGAUGGUUUUUCAGACUGGCAGUUCGCUACCUAUGGUUUCUGUGUAUCACCAGCUCCAGAAAUAUAAAAUUAUUGCUCGUAAAGGCUUUAGUGAUCUUAAGAAUGGCAGAGUGGUAAAUAAGGAUAAGGCUAGAAUUUGUUAUGAAGGAGUUCCUAUUUCAGAGCAAUUCCAGAAUAAUCGGACCAAUGGGAUUCACUUUCUUCCCCUGCAUACAUCAGAAAGUCUAACUGAAUGCAAAAAAGUAGCUGAAUAUGAUCUUAAAAAACCACAACUGCAACCAUUGGGAGAGAAAAGCAAUGUUAUUGAGGAUGGUGUAUUUCAAGACCUUUUCACUGAUCGUGAAGAAGAGUUAGAAGCUGAGCAAGAGGAUCAUGGUCUCUAUGAACUGGUGUGUACUACGACAAGUUUGAUUAAAAGAUCAGCCUCAGCUCUGGAGAUAACUGCUUUCAAAGAUGAAACUACAUUAAAAAUGUCAGCUAAUUUCAAAAUCAGCAUGAAAGAGUUGAAGGUUAUGAAGCAACGGAUAGCUGAGCCAGAGGUUGAGACAGAGACCGUGAAAAGUUCCCCUGCCAAGCAACUAUUGAAUCAAAUCUGUGGUGAUCCUCAGUCAAUGCAGACAGACAGACCAGCAGAAAAAAUGCUUACUUUGACUCGACAAGAGGAUAGUGAGAAUGACAUCGUUCUUGUGGAGCAACCUCAAAAGGCUGGGAUUAAAUACACGGAUUUCUCAAGAAAAAGGAAAACAAAGAAAUCAAAGAAAAUGAGAAAUCCUAGAAAAUUAGAAGAUGUGAUUAAGAAAUUAAGUUUUGAAAAAUCUGCAAAAGUGAGGGGUGAAAUUCCAAAAGAAACUUCUGCUCGCGUGUUGGUCCAUGGAAUAUGGAACUGCUGGUUUGAUGAAACUUUCCCUUCCAGUGGGACUGCUUCUGAGGAGAAGGAUGCUGAAUUACUAAAAGGAACUGAGAUGGUGGACUCUCAAGAAGCAAAUCUACAAAUAGAACUGGUUGACUCAAUACAGCCUGUUCUUCUUGAAGGUGCAACAGUUAGCAUUGAAGAUUUGGAAGAAGAAGUAAGAAGACUGACUGAGAUAAUAGAAAAGGAAGAGCAUCCUUCAGCUUUUCACUACUGCAGGCGUGGAGCAAUACAAAGGAAGUUAGGCAAGUUAAAAUCAGCUAUGGAUGACUUGGAAAAAGCUAUAAGCUUAGAACCACUACUGCUAAAUGCUUACUGGCAUAGACAUUUGAUUUACCUCUUUCAAGACAGAAUUUCUGCUGCUUUGGAUGAUCUGAAUUUUAUCACUAAAUGGAGCAAAAAUAAUGCAGAUACAUACCUGUCAAUGGCUGAAAUUUACAGGAAACAAGGUGACAAUACAUUGGCAAUCGUCAAUUAUAGCUCUGCAAUACAGCGCUGCCCUACAGAUGAUGACAUUUAUUUUAGGAGAGCUGAGUUGUAUUUUGAGGAAAAUCAAUUCUUAUUGGCCAUGGAUGAUUAUGCCAAAUGUUUUCAGUAUAACCCAAAAAGAACAGAUGCACUUAUGAAACAUGGAAUACAUUUCUUUGACCAUUCAGUUUUGACUACAGCUAUUCAGGAUUUUACAGCUGUGAUCAAGGAAGACCCCAGCAAUGCUCAGGCGAGGCUGUAUCGAGGAAGAGCCUAUGCUAGGCAGCAGCAGUAUAGAAAUGCAAUACAAGACUUAGCAACAGCGAUUCAUCUAGACCCUUCUUGUUGGUUAGCAUUCUACUAUAGAGGUUGCAUACUACAACAGAUCGAUCCAAAAAGAGCUGUGCAGGACUUCAGUGUUUCUGUGCUCAUCAAUGACACUCGGGAAAACUUACGUUCUUUUCUUCAUCGUGGGAUUGUUUACUCAGAACAGCGUCAAUGGUCACUUGCAAUCUCUGACUUUGAAAGUGUCCUAGCUUUGGACAGCUCUGUCGUCUUUGCCUACCUAAAUAUUGGUUCGAUACUGAUGUUGCAUCUCAAUCAAUACCAUGAAGCUAUUCAAUGGUUUACUAAUACCAUUGAAACUGAUCCUCUCGCUAUUAGAGCCUACAUAUGCAGAGCGCAAGCAUAUCAUAAGAUUCAUAAUUUACAAAACGCUGUGAAGGAUAUAAACCGAGCCAUUCACCUUUACCCAAAUAAAUCACAACUUUACUUAUUAAGGGGACAGUAUUUAAUGGAGUUGAAGAAAUACGAGCUGGCAAAUUUAUGUAUUAAUCAACUUGCAGAAAUGGAUGAAGGUAAUCCUGUUCAGCGAGCCCUCGUUCAGUCAUUUUGUCAAAAUCACGAUAAGGCUAUAGAGUGCUUACGUGAAGCUACUGCAAUUCAGCCUGAGCCUUCAGUGUUUGUUAUUUUAGGAAAAAUACAAAUGAAAGCCAAGAAAACUAAGGAUGCUGUGAGAAGUUUUAAAAAAGCUGUGAAACUCCUGAUGACCUCAACAAAAAUCCUGCCUAAUACAUUUGAGGCUGCAGAAAUAUAUUAUCUCACAGGCCUGUGUCACUUGGAGCAAAAGAAUUUAUUGCGGGCCCAUCAUGCUUUUAGUAUGGCUAUCAGACUACAUUCAAGUUACCCUGAUGCUUUUUAUCAGCGGGGGCUGUGUAGAAUGCAACUCAGACAAGAUAAGUGCAUCCAAGAUUUCAAUCAAGCACUUGUCCUUUGUCCAUCACAUUUCCAGGCAUAUAUGAGUCGUGCUGCUUACUAUGGAAGUAAAGGUAGAUAUUCUAAGGCAAUUCUGAAUUGCAAUGAGGCAAUCAAAAUUCUUCCUAAUAGUGUACAAGCUUAUUUUUACCGAGGAACUUUAAAGUAUCAAAAUAAGACAUUUAAAGCUGCAAUUGAAGAUUUCUCAAAAACUAUUGACCUCGACAAAACCAGCAUUUUGGCAUAUUAUAACAGAGCUGUCUGUUAUCAUCAAAUAAAGGACUUCAGAAAGGCUUUGAAAGACUAUGGAAUUCUUCUUCUGCUUGAAUUAAGUGACGAAAUAGCUUAUAAAGUGUUAAUUAAUCGUGGACUAGUCUUCAUGGAGCUUGGUGAUCAUGCUAAUGCAUGUGAGGACUUUAAAGAAGCAACAUUGCUUAGUCCAGAUGAUAGUCAGGUCUUUCAAGCUAUUGGAAUCUGCUAUCAUAGACUUCAUGAGUGUGAAGAAGCUGUGAGAUCAUUUGACCAGGUUCUCAAACUAGAUCCUGUUUCUGUGGAUGCCUAUGUUGGACGAGGAAACUCAUACAUGGAAAAUGGACAUGAGACUGGUUAUAAAAAAGCACAGAAAGACUUCCUGAGAGCAAUUCAUCUGAAUCCAACGUGUAUAGAUGCCAGAAUUUGCUUAGGAUACAAUUUGCAGGCCCUUGGAAAGCUUCAGAGAGCAUGGAGCCAAUUUACAGUUGCCAUUUGCAUUGAUCCAAAAUGCCAUGCUGCAUAUGAUGGACGAGCUUCAGUCUGUCUUGAAGCGGGUAAAAGUUUUGCCGCAUUUCAAGAUAUAAAUGCUGCACUAAAGCUCGCUACCACUGCUCCACUGCUAACAAAUCGGGGUGUCAUUAAUCAGUUAAUGGGAUAUCUACCCUGUGCCAUGAAAGACUAUCAACAAGCAAUUUCUGUUGACCCAAACUAUACAUUAGCCUAUUUCAAUGCAGCAAAUAUCUAUUUCCAUAAUCGACAGUUUUCACAGGCCUAUUGCUACUAUUCCAAGGUAUUAGAACUUGACCCAGGAAAUGAAUCUGCUGUUUUGAAUCGGGCCAUUACAAAUACGUUACUAAACAAUAUUGAAGAAGCUAAAGAAGACUUUGAGAAGGCAAUUUGUCUCUGCCCAUCCUCUGCAGCAGUGUAUUUUAACAGGGCAAAUUUCUAUAACAAAUUGAAGCAAUAUGAACUAGCUGAGAAAGACAUUUCAACAGCAUUGUCACUUCAGCCUAAUGAUGCCUUGAUGUAUAAAUUUAGAGCUGAUAUUCGUGGUAAAUUGGGUUUCAAUAAAGAGGCUGUAGAAGACUACAAACAAGCAAUCAGCAUUCAAGAACAGGUUGAUUCCAUUUGAAAAGAUACCAGUUCUCAUACUGCUUGGGUUCUAUUUACAGAUUUCUCAGACCCAUAAUUAA